GCGUUAGCAGCGGCAUUCCCCAGCCACCCACAUGGAAUGGCUAAUUUGCAAAGUUCGCGGGUUGUUCGUUAUCCCCCGCAAUUGGUCCGCAGCAACGCAAUCCUCUUAUCUCCAUCUAGCUCCGACUUGCGUUGGUUUCUCAUCUCCGAACUGCAACCAUUUUCGUGUCUGCUUUCUACGCUGCAACUAUUCUCACCUCAGUGACUCAGCGUACUCAAUCGGUUGUGAAGUGAUGGCAGCUAUGGCGGCCAUGGCGAGCUCGGCCGCGGCGAUGGCAGUGGUCCCUGCCAAACUCAGGUCCACUGGUUUGAGGAGCCAGCAGCUGGUGAGCGUGGGUGCUUUCGGAAACAGAGCCGCGGCAGAGCGAGUAGCCAGGAAGGCCCUGGAGGUACGCGCUGGUAUGGCGUCGCUGUCGGAGCUCGAGGGGAGCGUGAAGCAGGCGAUUCGCAGCGUGAAGGACGGCGCCUCGCAGAACGCAUUGAUGAAACAAGCUACAUUUAUUGCGUUCAACGCGCUCAUGGUGUUGCCUGCUUUGGCCGAGGAGAUGGAGAAGGAGCCCAAGGGUAAGAUCUUCGACUUCAACUUGACGCUGCCGAUCAUUGCCGUGCAGUUCUUGCUUCUCAUGGUUGCUCUCGACAACAUCUGGUUCAAGCCCGUCGCGAAGGUCAUGGAUUCUCGUGAUGAGGCCAUCCGGUCCAAGCUCAUGGGCGUCCGCGACAACUCUGGCGAAAUUAAGAAUCUGCAGAACGAGGCCGAGGCCAUCCUCAAGGCCGCCCGCAUUGAGACCACCGAGGCUCUGGCCAAGACGAAGAAGGAGACAGCCGCCAUGUUGGACGAGAAGCUUCAGGAGUCCCGCAACCGGAUCGAGACUGAGCUCGCCCAGUCCCUCGCUAACCUGGAAGAACAGAAGCAGGAGACUCUUCGCAGCUUGGACCAACAAGUGCAAGCACUGAGCGACGAAAUCCUCAGCAAGGUUAUUCCCUUCAAAGUCUAAUCUCUUCGUAGGAUAACGUUACACUUAGAUUUCGAUGCGGAAUUGCGGUUUCUUCCAAUGUAGCAUCAUUCUUGAGCAAGCAAAAGAAUUCGACGACAUCUCCCUUCUUCACAUUCGUGCUCUUCUGUGAGACCCACCUGUCCAAACCGUAGUGCUCUGCUGUUCUCUUAUUAUCUGAAUCGACUCCUUCAUGGAAAGCUUAUACCGAAAACUUACACAUGAAUGUCACAUUAUCUUCGAUU